UUUAUUUAAAAAAUGAGUUUAGCAUUUGAUGACUAUGGCAGACCAUACAUUAUUUUAAGAGAUCAAGGAUAAAAGAAAAGAAUGAAGGGUUUGGAGGCAUAUAAAAGCAAUAUUUUGGCUGCCAAGGCUGUUGCAAAUACAUUAUCAUCAUCUCUUGGACCAAAGGGAAUGGACAAGAUGUUGGUAUCUCCAGAUGGGGAUGUUUCAGUAACAAAUGAUGGUGCAACAAUAGUGGAGAAGAUGGUAUAAAAAUAUUUAAAAUAAAUUAUAGGAAAUAUAGCAUCCAACCGCAAAAUUAUUAGUGGAAUUGUCAUAAUCACAAGAUGCUGAAAUAGGUGAUGGUACAACAGGAGUAGUAGUGUUGGCUGGAAAAUUAUUAGAGUAGGCACUUACUUUAUUAGACAAAGGAAUCCAUCCAUUGAAGAUUAGUGAUGGAUUUGAUAGAGCAUGUGAUGUUGCUAUAAGUAUUGAUUCAUAUCCUAAUAAUAUAGAACAUUUGGAAACCAUAUCAGAAGAAAUAGAUAUUUAAGCAAAUGACAAUGAAGCUUUAGUCUAAGCAGCUUGUACAGCUCUUGGUUCAAAAGUUGUAUCUAAAAGAAAGAGAGAACUUGGUAAGAUUGCAGUCACUGCAGUUUUGGAUGUGGCUGAUUUAGCCAGGAGAGAUGUCAAUUUGGAUUUGAUUAAAAUUCAAACUAAAACUGGAGGAAGUGUAGAAGACACAAGAUUAAUUUCAGGAAUUCUUAUUGACAAAGAUAUGAGUCAUCCUUAAAUGCCCAAAGAGGUAAAAGAUGCCAAAAUUUGUUUAUUAACAUGUCCAUUUGAACCACCUAAACCUAAGACUAAGCACAAUAUUAAUAUUUCUAGUGCAGAUGAUUAUAAGAAAUUAUAUUUAUAGGAAUAAUAAUACUUUGUUGAUAUGGUCAAACUAGUCAAAAAUAGUGGUGCUAACAUUGCAUUAUGUUAAUGGGGUUUUGAUGAUGAAGCCAAUCAUUUAUUAUUAUAAAAUGAAUUACCUGCUGUCAGAUGGGUAUCUGGUACAGAUGUUGAACUUAUUGCUAUGGCUACUGGAGCUAGAAUCAUUCCAAGAUUUUAAGAAAUUACACCUGAAAAAUUAGGAAAAGCUGGUUGUGUCAAAGAAGUAUAAUUCGGAACUUCAAACGAAAGAAUGUUAGUCAUUGAAAAUUGUCAAUGCACAAAGGCUGUUACUAUUUUGAUCAGAGGAGGAAGUCAAAUGAUCGUUGAUGAAGCCAAAAGAUCAAUUCAUGAUGCAAUCUGUGUCAUUAGAAAUUUAAUUAAAGACAAUAGAAUUGUCUAUGGAGGAGGUUCAGCUGAAUUAGCUUGUGCUAUCUAAGUUCUUUAAUAUGCUGAUGAAGUAUUUAAUCUAUAUAUUUUAGGUUUCAUCAGUAGAAUAAUAUGCCAUUAGAUCAUUUGCAGAUGCCUUAGAGGGUAUCCCUUGUUGUUUAGCAGAUAAUUGUGGUCUUAACCCAAUUACAUCAGUUGCUCAAGCUAAGGCAUUGUAAUUAAAAGAAAACAAUCCAAGAAUUGGAAUUGAUUGCAUGGAAUUAGUAUUUACUAUUAUUAAUAUUAAGGGUACCAUUGAUAUGAAAGAAUAAAGAAUAUAUGAAACUUUGAGUUCAAAGAAAUAGUAAAUCUAAUUAGCCACAUAAGUUGUCAAGAUGAUAUUGAAAAUAGAUGAUGUUAUUGCACCUGACGAUUAUUGAGU